AAUGGAGUUUGUGGUUGCGUUCCGUUUCACGCAUAGAGCGCAUAGAUCGCUUGGAAAUCUAUAAUAUAUGUCACGUGAACUAUAGAUUUUCAGGCAACUAUGCGCUCAAUGCGUGAAACGGAACGCAUCCUGUGUAACACUGAUUUUUAUCACAGAUGUUUAAAGUUUAUGGUUUUUAUCCAUGUGACUGAUUGUGAAAAUAACAACGUGUUUUUAACUAAAAGAAGCGUGGUCUCUUCAAAUUGGAACUCCCCCCAUUCCUUACAACCUACAGCUGGAACCUACCUGGAGCUCACUCGUCAUUUCUACUCGCGUCUUCGCGUUCGUGUGGUCACUAAUAGAGCGCUUGAAAAGCCACUUUAUUUAAUGCCACUUACGUACUCUACACGUGUGUCUCUAGCUGUGUCGACUCUCGACCGAGAGCAGGUGCCAUUUGAAAAAGAAGAACUUGAGAAAGCGACGAAAGACGGUGAAAUUUUUCAAUAUCUGUUAUUAAAAUAUAAAAAUAUUGAGCAAUGGAAAAGAAACCAGAGGAACCGCGAUGGAUAAUUCGCGAGCACGAAGUUUUCAAGGAAUAUUCGUGUGAACCAUUGAACAAGUUAACGGCACUAGAAAAAUUUACAAAGAAAUUGAAGAUCGAGAUAGUACGAGAAGAAGAUAAAGAGUUAGAAUUCGAUAUAAUUGGUUGUGACGUUUCAUUGGUCAAUGCAUUUCGUAGAAUACUUAUAACUGAAGUACCAAGUAUGGCUAUUGAUAAGGUCUUUAUAAUAAAUAAUACUAGUCUUCUACAGGACGAAGUACUUGCACAUAGAUUGGGUCUUAUACCUCUUCGAGCAGAUCCUCGAUUAUUCGAAUAUCCUCCGAGUGGAAGGAAGGAUGACGAGGUCAGCGAUCAAGAUACUCUAAAAUAUGAACUGAAAGUUACAUGCACCGUGAACCCACAACCACCAAAGAACUCUCUUCUUCCAGAGCAUAUGUAUAGAAAUAGCAAAGUUUAUAGUAGGGAUAUCAAAUGGGUACCGAUAGGCCGACAAGGGGACAUGUUUCCACAUGGGGCAGAACAGUUUAGUGUGCUAGAAAAUGAUAUAUUAAUAUGUAAAAUGCGUCCUGGUCACGAGAUUCAUGCGUUUAUGCAUGCAGUUAAAGGCAUUGGCAAAGACCAUGCCAAGUUUUCUCCUGUAGCCCCCGCGCGGUAUCGUUUUAUGCCAGUUAUCGAGUUGACUAAACCUGUGAGAAACGAGGACGCGGAUCUUUUGCAGAGCUGUUUUAGCCCUGCUGUGAUAGAUGUGGUAGAGAAAGAAACGAGUUCGGGACAGAAAUAUCGUGAAGCGCGCGUAAAGAACGCUCGUUAUGAUAGCUGUAGCAGAAAUGUCUACCGUUACGAACAAUUGAAGGAUUGCGUGAAAAUGAGUCGAAUAUCGGAUCAUUUUAUCUUUUAUAUAGAAUCUGUGGGGACGCUACCCUCGGCUGUUUUAUUUACGGAAGCUGUUAAAGUGCUCAAGAACAAGUGCAGGGCGUUCCUCGCAGAGCUGGAACAUGUGGAAAUAUAAUUUUUUUUUUUAAAUUUCUUACAUAAUUAAUUUAAAAGAAAAAUAAAAAAUUAAAAAAAUAAAGUUAUAAAUAUAUCUACAUAAAGAGCACAUGCAAAUUUUUAACAUACUUUUAUAUCUAGGCAAUCCAUUUGUGUAACAACCAUCUUUCUUAUUGACAUGAUUAGAAUGAUUAUGCGCUUACGUCGAGAAAGAAUGAACAUGAAAUCUAUAUGAACAUAUAUACAUUUAUAUCUCGACUAAUUAAACAUUCAGCAUAAA